AACCCUCCCCUUGAUGAGAAUUGUUUUUGAACAAUUACUUGAAGGAAAUUUACCAAAACAAGAACAUUGUAGAACAAAGUUCCAGAAACGAAAAGAAGAAGAGUGACAGGUUCGUGAGAAAACUGCCAUGGCUUUGUCUAUGAAGGCUACACCCCUAACUGGUUCGUGUUUCGUUUCAAAUUCAAUACGACCUUCCACACAUCCACCCUUCAAAUCAUCGUUUCUUCAUUAUGGCGGAAGAGCACUGGAAGUUCCUGGUAUACGAGUAUCAUACUCCAAUAGGUUGAAAUGUCAAUGUCAUGGUGGCGGUGGGCUUGGUGCUCAUAUGAACAUUUUUAGCAGAUUUGCUAGAGUUAUCAAGUCAUAUGCUAAUGCCAUUAUAAGCUCCUUUGAAGACCCUGAGAAGAUUUUAGAACAAGCUGUUUUGGAUAUGAAUAAUGAUUUGGUGAAGGUUCGCCAAGCUACAGCACAGGUUCUAGCAUCUCAAAAGCAACUAGAAAGCAAGUACACAGCCAUACAAAAAGCUUCAGAUGACUGGUAUCGAAGGGCACAACUUGCUCUGCAGAAGGGGGAUGAGAAUCUUGCACGAGAAGCACUUAAGCGAAGAAAGUCUUAUGCUGAUAAUGCAACUGCUUUGAAGAUGCAGCUUGAACAGCAAAGGAAUGUUGCCAAUAGUCUUGUGUCCAAAACACAGCUUCUGGAGAGCAAGAUACAGGAGGCAAAGUCGAAGAAAGAUACACUCAAAGCAAGAGCUCAAUCCGCAAAGACUUCAACCAUUGUAAGUGAGAUGGUGAGCAAUAUCAGCACAAGCAGCGCCCUUGCAGCGUUCGAUAAGAUGGAGGAAAAGGUAUUAACUAUGGAGGCUCAGGCAGAUGCAUUGAAUCAGUUGUCUACUGACAAUCUUGAGGGAAAGUUUGCACUGCUAGAGAACUCUUCUGUUGAUGAUGAUCUUGAAGAGUUAAAGAAAGAAAUAUAUGGAAGCUCUAAGAGGGGAGAACUUCCACCUGGAAGAACUGUUCCCACUAACAAAGAAUUUCUAUUUCCUGACUUGGAGGUUGAGAAGGAGCUUGAUGAAUUGAGAAGAAGAGCAAAAGGGUUCUAGGUUCACCCUUGAUCUCUCUUGAUCACUCACCUGAAAACCUUAAGAGAUAGAGUUUUUUUCUUGGCCGCCAAAUAUAGGAAUUUAGAUUUUAGUCUUCUUUUGAUCAUAUGUAACUUGAAGUUGGGAACCGAUAAAGAUCGGUGACACCUAAUGAUAGACUACUAGAGUGAGAUAGGAAGAGAAGAGAGAUAAGUGAUAGAUGUGAUAUGUGAUGUAAUUUGACCGGAAGAGAUAGAGAAAAUGAUGUAACAAGGUUUAUGCACGAUUUGGUGUUACACAUAUCUUUACUUGUGGGAAAAACUUGUAAAUAUUUUUUAAGUAUAAUAACCAUUUUACGUUGAUAA